CAACGAUAAGUACACAUGCACGUUUUGUGACAAGCGCUUCACGCAAGCAUGGAAUCUGAAGAGGCACUUAGUGUCGAUCCACAACGACGCGGCCGCAAAGGGAAAGUGCACCGAGCUUCCCUCUGACCGUCGCCCAUUCGCAUGCGACAAGUGCACUGUCCGGAUCUCGUUUCCUUUCCAUGCGGACUUGCUAUGCCACUUCGAAGAGCAGCACGGGUUUGUUGCAAAGCGUUCGACUUUGCAGUUCGACUCAUCUAACGAAUUCAGCAUCUGGAUGGCAGCCGAGGAAAGCAAGGAACACGUUCACUUCGUUCUUCGCACCGGAGCCAAGCGUUCCAAAAAUGGUGAAAUGAGACGGAAGUACUACUGCCACCGUUCUGGGUCAUUUCAGAGUGAGAGCAAAGGUGAACGGCAACUAAAAACACAGGGCAGUUGUAAGUCUAAUGUGAAGUGCUUAGCUAUAAUUAAAGCAACAGAGAAAGAUGGCAAGGUGGCAGUAGAGUACCAGGCAGAGCACUACGGCCACCUGAAGGAGCUGAAGCACCAACCACUCUCAAAGACAGAGAAGGAGGCUUUAGCUGCUAAACUAAAGCAAGGCAUCCCUGCCCGAAAGGUCUUGGUAGAUGCACGUGCUUCUGGUGGCAGUGAGAUGGGCAGGCUUCAUUUGCUCACAAUGAAGGACAUUGGCAACAUUUCUGUUCAGCACGAAAUUCAAACCAAAGAGCGACGACACAAAGAUCAAUUUGUAAGUGUCGAGAUGUGGGUGGAGGAACUAACCAGGCAACUAGAUUCCCCUGUGCUGUACUUUCAACAGCAGACGCAAAAGGACACCUGUGACUUUGAGCUUGCCCUGAUGACUGCCCCUCAGAAAGACCUUCUUGCUAAGCUUGGUCCCAAGUUCCUGUGCAUUGACUCCACUCAUGGAACAAACGGUCACAAUUUACAGCUGACGACUCUCAUGACAGUUGCAGAAGACCAAUCAGGAAUGCCAUGUGCAUAUCUGAUUUCCAAAAAAGUUGAUGCCGAGACUAUGAUCCGCUUUUUUGAGGCCACCCUACUGAAAAAAACUAUAUGA